CACUAUGCAAAAGUACGAAAAGCUAGAGAAAAUAGGCGAAGGUACGUACGGAACGGUGUUCAAGGGUAAGAACCGGGACACGCUCGAAAUCGUUGCCCUAAAACGUGUGCGGCUCGAUGAGGACGAUGAAGGUGUACCAAGUUCGGCACUUCGGGAAAUAUGUUUGCUGAAGGAGCUGAAGCAUAAAAACAUUGUCCGGCUGUACGAUGUGCUGCACUCGGACAAGAAGCUAACGCUCGUGUUCGAGCACUGUGAUCAGGAUCUGAAAAAGUACUUCGAUAGCUUGAACGGCGAGAUUGAUCCGGAUGUGGUGAAAAGCUUCAUGUAUCAGUUGCUGCGUGGGCUUGCCUUCUGCCACAGCCACAAUGUGCUGCAUCGGGACCUGAAACCACAGAAUCUGCUGAUUAACAAGAACGGCGAGCUGAAGCUGGCCGAUUUUGGGCUGGCCCGUGCAUUCGGUAUACCGGUGAAGUGUUAUUCGGCGGAGGUGGUUACGUUGUGGUACCGGCCACCAGAUGUUCUCUUCGGUGCCAAACUCUACACGACCAGCAUCGAUAUGUGGUCGGCCGGAUGUAUCUUUGCGGAGUUGGCAAACGCUGGCCGGCCACUUUUUCCCGGGUCGGAUGUGGACGAUCAGUUGAAGCGAAUAUUUAAGCUGCUCGGUACACCGGAGGAAGAGAAUUGGCCCGGUAUAACGCAACUGUCGGAUUAUAAACCCUUCCCGUUGUACCCUCCGACAACGUCGUGGAGUCAGGUGGUCCCGCGACUUAACUCGAAAGGGCGAGAUUUGCUGCAGAAGCUGCUCGUCUGCCGUCCACUGCUAAGACUAAGCGCCGAACAGGCAAUGUCUCAUCCGUACUUUACCGAAAACUGAAAGCGGUUCUAGCAGUUACGGGCGCUGCUGACGACCAAAGUAUCCCCCGGAACACUUUCACCACCGGCCACCAGUACUACCACUAUUACCACGUCUUGUACAGUGCAUCCAA